GCUAACAUCAAAGCGAGACUGUAUUCCCUGAUUAUGAAAAUGGCGGAGUACAAACAGGUCAAAAUCGGAAAACUUAACUUGAAAGGACUUUCUUCUUCAAAAAAGACUAAAAGUAAGAAGAGAAAACACGAUCGUACGGAAGAAACUAUCGAGGAAAAGGAUGAAGAUGCAAUUAAUCACGGUGGAUGGUGGGCAAUCAAAAGCUACGAGCAAAUCAGAAGCUGCAAUGUAGCUUUGCAAACGUUCAAAGGAAAUUACAUUAUUGCAAGAGACAACGGAUCUUUAUCAGUUGGAGAAGUCCAUGUGGACAACACCCCACAAGCUGAGGAAAUAUUUACACUUGUCAAGUUGACAGAAACAAAAGUUUCUUUUAAGUCUGGAUAUGGUAAAUAUGUAUCAGUUAAUUCAAGAGGUGAUGUAACAGGGCGAGCAGAUGCGAUCGGGCCCCAGGAACAAAUUGAUAUUGUAGUAGAAGAUGAAAAAACAGCAUUACAGGGACACAAUGGCUACUUCUUGGCUGUAAACGAAUCUGGUGAGCUAAGGGCACUGAGUUCAAAAGCAAAAGAAAAAGAGAUUUUCCAGCUGCGGACCGACUUUGUAAACAAAAAAAAGAAAAAAGAUGAUGCAAGUGAAGAAGAUAUUAUGGAUCCUCGCCAAUGCGAAGUUAAUUACGUCAAGCAAUUCCAGAGUUUCCAAGACCGUAGACUAAGACUUUCUGCUGAGAAUGUUAGGAAGUUAGAGAAAGCAAAAAAUAAAGGCAAGUUACAUGAAGCUAUGCUUGAUCGAAGAGAAAAAAUGAAAGCUGAUAGAUAUUGCAAGUAGCAGCAGUCUUUCUAGCUUUCAGGGUUCAGAACUAAAGACAAAACCAAAAUGCUACAAAACCAAGACAUUUCGUGUGGUGUUGAUGGCGAUAUUUGUGAAUUGUGGCGACGUUUGUCAGACCAAAGAUUUUAAUAAACAUCUAUAGAUCAAUUUACAUUUCUUUCCUUCAAAGCCAUGGUGGAACGAUUUUUUGCAUUUCUUGGUGUCUAAGUCCUGUCUCUUGACUUCUUGUAUAAUGCUUCUAAAGCCUGUAUAUAACGCAAAGUAUCUUGAAUGGCCAAUUCUGAUUUGAAUGAAUUCAUGAAUGAAUGAAUUAUUCAAAUGCUUAUGUACUUCAGAGAAUAGCAUAACAUAACGUUAAUGCCGAUAAUUUACUCGAUUCAGGAAAGCAAAUGCCCGAAGCGUAUAGAGUUAAGGUUCUGUAAAUAAAGGCUUUGCACAAUUUUAUUAUCAAGCAACAAUUGUCAGACGGAUUUUUCCUACCCUUCACCCUACAAAGAAUUUCUGUAAAUUUACGUCCCAUAGUAUGCUAUGUUUUUGCUGUUGUAUCCUUUCUUAGAAUUUCGCUGUAGGUAGCUGGAUAUUUUGAUUUUUGUUACUAUGCAUGCUUACGCCCUUUAAAAUAUUUCUGGCUACUUCGUUUCGUUUAUGUUCUUCAUUUGAUUUGAAGCCCAAGGCCAUGCC